AUGAUGUGGCCGGAGCAGAUCGGAUCGACUUUUUGCGCCCCGGCGACGGCGCAUCACUUAAAGGCGAUGAACGCGAUGUGGGGCCUCGAAAAUCACCCGGGAUAUGCGGCGAUGAAGGCGGAACCGUCCGGCAUGCACCCGUUUACGCAUUUUGCGCAACAGCUGACCGCCGCUCAGACCGGGUUUCAACAAUGCCCAUCCCUGCCGGACACCUCUCCAACUUCCGGCUCCAAGCGGAAAAAGGCGACCCCGAUUCCGGAGGAGAGCAAGGACGAGGUACUUGAUAACGCUAUGGACAUAUUCGAAAAAACUGGGAAACAAGUAGAAACCGAUCAUAGAUUGGAAGGCCUAAUGUACGAGAAUCAACACCUCCGAAUGCAAGUCUGCCAACUCCAAUCCGAGCUCCAGGAGCUGCGAACAACCCUCAUGAAUCUCUGGCAACUCGUCAACUUCUUUAUCCAAUACUUUGAUCGGCUGCCGAAAGACUCGAAUCGGACCAUCAUCGAUUAUCUGAACAUGACGUUUGAAGAAAUUAUCAAGUACUCGAUGGAGGAUUUCCAUCGUGAUCUUGUCGGCAGCUGCUACCAUUAUGUAUUCUUGGCAAUUAUGAUGUUUGUAGCCGGAUCCAUACAGGUAUCCUGCUUCGUGACGGCCGCCGAACGUCGGGUGCACCAGAUGCGAAAAUUGUUUUUUAGAUCAGUAUUACGGCAAGACAUUGAGUGGUUCGACCGGAAUCCAGCCGGGAAACUGGCGACUGUACUCUUCGACAACCUGGAAAAAGUGCGAGACGGGAGUGGAGACAAAUUGGCACUUUUGAUACAGUACACCUCGCAGGCAGGAAGUCGACUUGGGGCAAUCCGGGGCGUGCUAGUCGGCGCCGGUGCCGGGGUCGUUUGGUUCUGCACAUUUGCCGUGUUCUGUUUGUCAUUCUGGGUGGCCACCAAUCUGGUAGCUGAUCGACAGGUUGAGCCGGGAAGCGUGCUUACUUGCUUCAUCUCGGUCCUGAUGGGUUCGAUCGCUCUAUCCUACGGCUCCCCGAACCUGACGUUGGUCGCCCAGGCUCAAGCGGCCGCUGGGGCUGUCUACGCUGUCCUCGAAAAUGAGCCCAACCAAGCCCCGAAUAAGGGCUACAAACCCAGCCGAAUCCUCGGAAAAUUGAGCUUCCGUGACCUGCGCUUUGCCUACCCGAGCCGAAGGGACGUAAAAGUGCUUGAUGGCGUGUCUUUUGAGUGUACGCUAGGAGAAACCGUAGCUCUUGUUGGACCUAGUGGCUCUGGAAAGAGCACUAUUGCCCAGCUAUUGCUGAAAUAUUAUGAGCCUAACCAAGGGCAGAUUCUGAUCGACGGUGAGAAUAUAGCAUACUGGAAUGGCGCCGGGCUCCGCGAUAUGGUCGGCGUGGUAUCCCAAGAACCCGUACUUUUCAACACGACCAUUGAGGAGAACAUCAGGUUUGGGCGCUCCAACGUCAACGAUGCUGAGGUGGUUGCUGCUUACCGGAUGGCUAAUGCCACAAACUUCAUCUCGGCCCUACCACAGGGCCUGAAAACAAUGGUCGGCGAUCGAGGUACACAACUUUCUGGGGGCCAGAAGCAGCGCAUCGCCAUCGCCAGAGCCCUGAUCAGAAAUCCAAGGAUACUGAUUCUGGAUGAGAGCGAAACAUUGGUGCAAACUGCUUUGGAUAGGGCUACAGCAGGCCGUACGACAAUCGUCAUCGCUCAUCGGCUUUCAACAAUCAGAAAUGCCGACAAAAUUGUGGCGAUGAAGGACGGGAGAGUUGAAGAGAUCGGCACUCACGACGAGCUAAUGUCCAAAAGGGGUCUCUACUACCAACUAGCCACCGCUGCUGAUCAAGGAGAACCACAUCCAGAAUUGGCCGAAGAAGACGUCGAGCCCUGUUCCGGCCUAAACCGUCUCUGGAGCGUUGUACGAAGUGAAUGGCAUCUCCUAGGCGGUUCUCUGCUCUUCGCCUCCCUCCAGGGCAUCGCAUAUCCAAGCUGCACCAUUUUUUUCACUCAGAUUAUUGAGCUCUUUGCCGACCCGGAUCCAGUCAAAACGCGAAGAGAAGGACACUUUUAUUCCGUACUGCUCGGACUUCUCGGGAUUUACAUGAUGGUGGCCGUGUAUGCCCAGCACCACUUCUGCACGCUCCUCGGCGAGAAGCUCUGCUUUCGGUUACGAUUGGACGUGUUCAAGUCGUUACUCAGCCAGGCCGUCUCCUUUUUCGACGAGCCCCGAUAUUCCGCUGGGCGCCUAACGACAAGGUUGGCCCGAGAUGUCCCAACAGUAAAGGGGGCAGUAGACCACCGGCUCGGGUCCGUCUUCACGGCGCUGGUCAGCAUCGUGACAGCCGUCAUCGUCGCCUUCGUGUAUGGGUGGCAUAUGGCGCUUCUCGUAGUCGGGCUCUAUCCAUUGGCCGGAUUGGGACACGCGCUGCAGCUACGAUUCGAAGAAAAGGACAAAAAUGAUAUGGUAAAAAGGAUGGAGGACGCGGGAAGAGGCCUAGCCUUCGGAUUUGCCAACGCGAUCCCUUACUCGAUCUACGCGGCCACCUUCCGCUUCGGCCUCUACCUGGUGGAGCAGAAUCUAACGAUGCCCAUGGACGUGAUGAGGAUCCAAUUUGCCGUCUCCCUAACCGCAGGCUCCAUUGGCGUCGCUUCGGCCUACUUCCCAGAAUUAGCGAGGGCCCGUCUGGCUUCCGCUCUAGUUUUUGCGCUCAUCGAUCGACCAUCCGAGAUCCACCCAGAGCAAAAUCCACAGAAUAAUCCCGAGCUUAAAGGUAGAAUCGAGUUGCGGGAAGUUGCUUUCAAAUACCCUAGCCGUCAGGAGCAACCGAUUUUGAAGGGGUUGGAUCUGGAGGUGGAGCCAGGCCAAACCGUCGCUCUGGUCGGCGCUUCCGGAUGUGGAAAAAGCACGAUCGUCCAGUUGAUGCAACGAUUCUACGAGCCACUUUCAGGGAAAAUCAAGCUCGACGACUGGAACCUGCACGACAUUUGCCCCAGCGAGCUGCGACGCCAAAUCUGCAUGGUGCAGCAGGAACCGGUGCUGUUCAAUGGCAACAUUAAGGAAAACAUCCUCUACGGCCUGGAGCCAAAUGAUGUGACUUUUCAAAAAAUUCAAACAGCCAUCCGGGAUGCAAAUUUGGAGGGAUUUGUUGAGAAAUUGCCGAGGGGCCUCGAGACAAACGUGGGAGGACGUGGAACACAAUUAUCAGGAGGCCAGAAACAACGAAUCGCCAUCGCAAGGGCACUUGUCAGGGACCCAAAGAUAAUCUUACUCGAUGAAGCGACGUCUGCGCUCGAUUUGGAGUCGGAAAAGGCAGUCCAAAAGGGUCUCGAAGCGGCUUGCCACGGGCGUACGGUGCUCGUCAUCGCUCACAGGCUGGAAACGAUCCGAAAAUCCGACAAAAUUGCGGUCAUUUCGGAGGGACGGGUGGCGGAAAUUGGCACCCACCAAGAAUUACUCACGAAAAACGGGAUCUACGCCGGGCUGUAUAAAAAGCAGUGUCUA